ACUCUCUUAAGCUCUCUUCACAUACCGCAAGAAUAUGCACGCCUUGACUCUGCAGACUCAACCGCAGAUGUACUCUCCAAACUUGAUGAGUGGAAGACGAGGGCUCAGAAAAGCUUGGAGGGGCUGAGGGCGAAGAUUGCUGAGCUUCGGUCUAGGAAAUCGGAGGAUUCAGAGGAAACACAAGACGAGAAGAAGAAGGGAGAAGACGAAGAGGGGACUGGGAUUGAGUGGGGAGAGGAUGUGAAGGACGAAGACGUCGUGUGGAACGUUGCAAGGUUUAGGGAUUGGGGAGGUCAUGAAGAAUGGACGACUGAGCAGAUGGGCGAGAUCGCUGACGACAUCCUGACCCACAUAACGUCCUCACUCACCUCCACCUCCCACCUGGCCCUCAUUGAAACUAUUCUCUCCACUCGUAUCAAACAACUUUUCCGGUCAAACCCCCAUCCUUCUCUCAAUAUGGGCACAGGUAGGAAACUUCCCCGUCCGGCUGGAGGACCAAUGGCUUCACAGGAUGUGUAUGAGGAUCAGGUCUGGAAGAAGGAGGUGGGUGUUGCGAGAGUUAUUGAGUGGUGUGUGGCAGGGAUUGAGAACGACGCAUACGAAAGGAUGUGGUUCCUCGUGGUGCCUCCGACAAUGACGCUCUUGGACGACUACGAGAUACGAUACAAGAUCGAAGGAAUGAAGAUCGUGGACGCGAUGAUAAAGAACGUACCAUCGGAUUUGUUGCGUCGGACUGGAGUCACAGAGUUGUUAUUCACCACCCUUACUCGCUCCCUCACUUUCCUCCACAGCCCCGACACGCCCGCACUUCUCCGCGCAGCGAUUCCGACUACAAUCUCACUCAUCAAGCACACCACAAAACCCCAGUCUGAAGCUCGAUUCCAUCAGCUGUGUGCGUUGCUUGGGGACGGCAUCAUCGGAAGUAUUUGGGGGUAUGGGUUUUCGGAUUUAGAGAGUAUUACGGCGAGUGUGGAGGGUUUGCCGACGAUCGUGAACGAAUUGAAACUGGGGACGGUGAGGUAUCUGAAAGCCCUCAUCCCACAACUCACGCACCCUCUCCUCCCGAACCCAGACAAACAACCAUCAACGAGCCUUCAGUUAGCUUCUCUCAAAGCCCUGAGCUUUGUGGUACGCGAAUGCGCGAUCAGGAUUGCGAGGUGGAAGGGAGUGAUUCUGGGACCUGUGGCGAAGUGCUGGGUCGUGUUAGUUGACUCAGGUAAGAGCGGGAAGGAAGUCGAUGAACUGAAGGGAGCGAUGUCGGACAUAUGUCAUGAGCUAGCGAAAGCAGUCCCUUCUGCUGUCGAGGACUACAGAAAGCUACUGCAACUGGAUAUGAACAUGUUCUCAGACUUGGUUGGGGACUUGGUCUCACCUGCUAAUGGGCAUCCGUAAAAC